CGUGUAUAGAACAUAAGCGUGAAGCCUAUUACAAGCUACAUUUCUCUUAGUGAACACUAACACCUGAGUUGUAAGGGCGCGCAACGGUCGUCCUUCUGUCCUUUCUGAGCAACGUUCACCCACUGACGUGGUCAUACGAGGCAUGUCUGCACCAGCCAGCCUGGACGUCGCAGACACAGUCGUCUUUGGUGUCCUCACAGUCGCGGGAUACCUGAUCGGCCUCUACUUCUCCUUUGCGCGCCGGAGAUGUCAGGAGUCGUCCAGCGACCGCAGCACCGCUGCCGCCGAACAGGAGGUGUUCCUCGGUGGCCGCAGCCUUCCCGCUUUCGCCCUCGCCGUGUCCGUGGUCGCGUCCGUGGCCACAGCCGUGACCGUGGUGGGCUUCGUGGCGCACUACUACGCCUACGGAUUUCACGUCAUCUGGCCUGUGGCUGGCAUACCCUUUGCGGCCAUAUUCUCGGCAAUCGGGAUGGUGCCACUUCUGUACCACCUGCGAGUUGCGUCCAUAUUCCAGUACCUGCGCAUGCGUUUUGACAACAUGGUCGGCAUCACUGCAAGCAUCGUAUACGUGUUCCUCAGCCAACUCGUGGGCGCAGUGGGCGUCUACAGUGCUGCCAUUGCUGUUUCGACAAUGUACCCAAUUCCACUGCUGUACUCGAGCAUUACCAUUGGCCUGGCGGGCACUGUGUACACAGCUCUGGGUGGACUCCGCAGUGUCGUGUGGGCUGACUUUGCGCAGGCAUUCGUGAUGUUUUCUUCUCCCUUUAUCAUCAUUGGAAAGGUUAUCUACGAUUCAAGCAGUGCAAGUCCACCGCUAAAACCAAUAAGCGAUAUCAACAUUACGGACUACAUGUUCCGGACGAACUUUGACGUCACGAGCGACGAGAACCUGUGGAGCGGCUUAGUGGCGGCGGUGCCCUUCAGCCUCGCGCGCACAGCAUUUGAUCAGAUGGCUGUGCAAAGAUUUAUGGCUGCCAAGACACUAGGAGACGCGCGGAGGAUAGCCAUCGGGGGCCCUCUCUUGGUGUUUUCCUUCUUCUUCCUGGCUCUUGCAACUUCAUUGGGCCUCGUGUACUGGUACAGAGACUGCGACCCGCUCUUGAGUGGUGCCAUCAAAACCUAUGACCAGAUCGUUCCUCAUUACAUGACUGAAAGACUGGCCAGAGUAACGAUGCUACGAGGUUUGUUUCUGGCUGGUCUUAUAGGAGCUUCUACAAGCACAGUUUCAUCGGUCGUCAACUCACACGCAGCAAUAUUUUACAUCGACGUCAUCAAGCCGCAUGUGAGGAUGACAGGGCGGAAAGCUGUUUUCAUCAUGCGCGCCCUGGCGUUUUCAAGCGGCACCAUCAUGACCCUCUUAGCGAUUGCAGCACCGCACAUUGCAACGGCGGCGCGGCUUUUCUUUACCUUUUACUCCACUGCCUCGGGUCCAUUCGCUGGGCUCGUUCUUCUGGCCAUCUCCUCGCCCUGGGUCAACGCAAAGGGCGCUGCUUGGGGCACUGUGCUGGUCUGCAUCAUGCAGUUGUGGCACGCCAUAGGAAGGAGCCUGUCGUCGGUUGCGCCACCUCGCCUGAUCACUAGAACCUUGGAGCGAUGCCCGCCCCUAAAUAAUGCCUCUUUUGAAGCGAGAAAUCAUACAAUGUUGCCGUCUGAAAGGGCACCUGUGUUCUUGCUGUACCAAGCCUCCUUUUAUUGGAUGUCCUUUUCUGGCUUUGUGCUUACUCUUCUCCUCGGAACUACCCUCAGCCUAGUGACAGGUGGUGACAAAACUGCUAGGAACAAUGUGCCGCUCACAAGCCCUAUAUUCCUGAAGCUAUGGGCACGUUUCAAGUUUUUUCGCCAUAUGCUGCGGCUUGACGAUGGCAAGGUGGAGAACGGAGCACACGCGCUGCAACAGCGGGAGCGAGAAGAAGACAGCAGCGAGGUUUCACCGAUGUGCGAAGGACGAGAACUGUCGCAGAGCUUCACUUCCAAAGAGCUCCGAGCACCGCUUAAUCGAAACAAGCAUUGAUACACUGAAAUUCGUUAGUCGGCCACUAUUCACACUUACGGGGACUAAAUAUCAAUCACCGAAAUGCAUCAAGUGAUCACUCGACGCAUUUAUUGCUUUUUUUUGGUCAGGCCUAAAGAUUGAACUGUUGGUAUACUUAGUAGCAAGAUACACUGGCAAGCAUGGCUUACUUAUUAGUUAUAUCUGCAAAGGUGUCAGAAAGGCUGAUGCGUUAUGGUGACUAUAUCUGAAGAGAGAAUCUCGCAAAAAACUACUGUAAAAAAUAAAUAAACACGAGCAAAAUAAACAUCCUGAGAAGUAAAGAGACAUCCUAAACAAGAACGGCAAAUUUAGCGGGUGAAUCGAUAUAUAGGAAAAAGAGCGAAAGACCAUCUUUGCACAAAGGCAUACAGUUUUCCUAUGUGUGUUAUGUCGCUUAUAUGGUAGUGUGUAUGCAGGGAGCAGGAAGAAUAGCCAAAGAUACUAUAGGCAGAAAAAAUACAGAAGGAAAAGGAAGACAAAGAAAGUUGGAGUAAUUAUUCAUUUCAUGAUAUUAAAAAAAAACUCAAUCUCUCGCCAUCGCGAAGCCUAUAAUUAUCGUUAUUGGCAGAAUUGAAGCGCAAAGCAACACACAGGGACGAAGGCACGAACAUGCUCGACCCUGUAACAUACUACCAACUUUCGUGCUUUCAUGCUCUAGUGUAAUUGUCAGCUCUACCACGAUAAUUCUUUUCAGAAAAAUUUAUCGAGAAAGAAGAUUUUACAAAAAGGAAGACCUUCAACAACGCACACAAAUUUAGUGAAAUGAACCACAGAUAGUGCUACUGCGCUGUAAAAGUUAUGAGAGGCCGACAAAGAAAUAAAAAUAUACAGUAACAGUGUCCUGCACAUAUACCUAAAACAAUGGUAAAGAGCGGCGCUACAGAAAAGAGCACUUUCUUCUGUGAAAAUGAAACCUAUUCUGAUAGUUUAAAAGCCUUUCAUUAUCAUCAUCA